AUGCACUGCGCCAAAACCCGAUUCCCGAAGAGGGUGUAUUGUUUGCAUUAUGAUGAUAACCGUGAUUUUGAUGAGUGCUGCCAGAUAGAGUUUCGGUUUAACCAAAUGGUAAAGCCGGCAAAUGAGCGUUUCCGUGUAGCUGGCAUAUGUGACGGGCUGGUGUGCCUUGCAGAUGAUGAACUAUGUAAAGCGUUCAAUUAUAUAAUAUGGAAUCCAGCAAUAAGAAAGGAAGUGAUGCUUCCCUUGCCCGUUAUGACCAAUGAUUACAAAGUUGUUCGAUUUGUCGCUCCUCAGAGUACUCCAGCUGUAGCUGGGGUUUACUCACUAGCCACUGGCUCAUGGAGAAGUCUUGGUUCUGUAGUUCCUCAUUGCCAAAUACAUGUUGCUAUUCCAUACGCUUUUAUUGAUGGGGCUAUUCAUUGUACAGUAAGGAAGGAAGCUGCUGAUGAUUAUUGCUAUUUCAUUUUGACAUUUGAUCUGGGCCGUGAGUCAUUUCGCGAGAUAAUGAUGCCGAAGGGCACUGAACAACACUAUAAACCGAAAGUGUCUGUUUCAGGAGACGGGAAAUCUCUUGCUUUAUUUACAGGCUACAGGAAGGAUGAUAUUUAUUAUGUUGAUAUAUGGUUAAUGAAAGAGUAUUGUCAGGAAGAGUCAGGGACUAAAUUGAUAACUCUUGGUCCACAAGGUCCAGAACGAUGGUUGCAGCCUCAUCCAUUAUGUUUUCGAAAGAGUGGAGAAGUUUUUUUGGCACUGAUAGGCUUUGAAAGUCGAAGCUUAGUUUCACUUGACACUCAGAGCCAAAAAUUCAACAAUCUUGGUGUUAGGUUAAUAUUAACCUAG